CAUCCCUGUUAUAUUAUCAAGAACAUCAACACUAUAUAUACAUAUCUAUAUAUAUAUAUAUAUAUAUAUAUAGAAAUAGAAGAAGAAGAAGAAGAGCAACAACAACAACAACAACAACAACAAGAAGGUGGUGAGAGUAGUGAAAAUUAAUAAUGGGGAGAUCGCCGUGUUGCGAAGAGACGGGAGUGAAGAAAGGGCCAUGGACGCCGGAGGAGGACAAGAAACUAAUUGAAUAUAUCAACAAUAAUGGCCAUGGAAGUUGGAGAAGAUUGCCAAAGCUCGCCGGACUCAAUCGAUGUGGUAAAAGUUGUCGUCUUCGUUGGACUAAUUAUCUCCGGCCGGACAUCAAGAGAGGAAGAUUUGAUGAUGAUGAAGAAAAACUCAUCAUUCACCUCCAUUCCAUCCUCGGAAACAAAUGGUCGACAAUUGCUGCCCGUUUGCCGGGUAGAACAGAUAAUGAGAUCAAGAACUAUUGGAACACUCAUCUGAGAAAGAAGCUCUUGCAAAUGGGAAUUGAUCCAGUGACACAUCAGAAGAGAAGUGAUCUUGGUUUUCUUGCUGGAAUUCCAAACAUGUUUGCAUUUUCUGGGAAUUUAGACAUGAAUGCUUUGAAAUUACAAGCUGAUGCUGCAAAGCUAGCAAGAGUUCAGCUUCUACAAAGCUUGAUUCAGCUCAUAGCUUCAACUUCUUCUCCAUCUUCUUCAGAUCUAUUAAUUAAUCAUCAUGUCUAUGGAUCAUCAAGUCUUGGAUCAUUUGGAGUAUCACCUACUCAAGACUUGAAUUUAGGAGUUGGUAAUACUAAUAACAAUCAAGAGUUUUUUAUGGAGAGUAAUAAUGGAGGUGGUGAUAAUGGAAACACAGUGAUGAUGAUCAAUGGUUGUCCAUGUCCUUAUAAUAUUCAUGAUCAUAAUUCUCAACAUUCAACACCUUCUUUAGUUCCUGCCUCUCCUGAGACUUUAGACAACAACAACAACAACAACAACAACAACAACAACAUCAGCAACAACAUUAGUAUUGAUCAAACACAAGAUCAAGCCAAUUGUUUUGCCGAUGAAUGUAUCGAUAUUUCGAGAAAUUCAAACACUUCUUUUGGUGAUUGGGAUGGACUGAAUUUUGAUGAUUCAAACACUGAUCUUUGCUGGAAGGACAUUCUAGAGCAAAUUUCUUAGUGACAAGAUGUGAAACCAUUUUGAAAGAGAUUGAUUCAUUGAUUUAAAUGAUAUGAUAUCACAUACACACAUGUUUUAUAUAUAUAUAUAUAUAUAUAUAUAU